UAUAAACAGGCUCAGGCUCAUAGGCUCAGUCUCUAACAAAAGCUUUUGAAAAAUCCACUACAACUUUGGUGCUGCAAACAGAAUCAAGCCAAUUGACAAGUUGGUGUGCAGACCUUUCACUCGGUACAGAAGAGCCUUUAGCUUUAACUUGUUCCCAUGCUGCUGCUACUGCUGUUCCAGUUUUCCAUGCUGGGGAACAGUGAGGUGGUGACAUCUUUUGAAAACACAUGCCCUCAGUUUUUCUUCCGGGAAACCCCCCCAAAUGAUGCCAUCAAACCUGCCAAUCCAGCCCAGAUUUGCCAGCUUUACAAGAAUCAGUAUCGUUUUGCUACUUUGUACGACAGGGACCACCGCAUUCCAAUAUACUCUGCGUAUGUGUACCAACCUGGUUAUGGUAAGCGACCUAAUAGCUGGAUGGUAGAACCCCAGCUGAUGGGUUCAAAUUACCAAAAGGAGAUGGCAACUGAAUGGAUCCUCUUAAAUGAUAUCGGUGUUGACCAGGGACUGCUUAAUGAGAGCCAGGCUGUCCUUCGAGAUUACAAGAAUCUGACUAAUUUCAACAGGGGCCACUUGAACCCCAGUGGGCACCAACCUGACCCUGACUAUAAGGCUGCUACCUUCACCCUGACCAACACUGUGCCACAGUUUAUGAACCUCAAUAGUGGGAAAUGGAACAACUACGAACAAGAAGUAAUGAUGAGUAGGACUGAAGGGUGUGCUACCACAUAUGUCAUUGUGGGAGUGGUCCCUGGCAACAAUUACAUAGCUGGAGGCAGAGUCAAUAAACCCAGCCACAUCUGGUCUGCAGCCUGCUGUGAGAUUGAUAACAAUCACAGGAAGUCCUGGGCAGUCGUUGCUCUAAAUGAUCAGAAUGCAGUCGAGCUGCUGACUCUGGGUGAGUUAGAGGAGAAGCUGGUUGAACUGUACAGAAAGGAGGAGAUCCUUCUGUUUGACAGUGACUGUCCCCGACAAUAAACUCCUGACCCUACUCGCACACCUCUCCAUAUCACCCUGGAGAAAGGGGUUGGGAGCCUUCACCAAUAGCUGCACUGUCAUGACCAUUCUACACACCGCAUUUAACCCAUCCUGUUUGUUUAUUAAAUGCUUUUACAGCUC